AGCAGCGGAGAUUCUCAGUCAGACUCAGUCGCCUGUUGCUCUUACCAGAUCUUUUUACAGGACUCAUUACAGACCAGGUUGUCUGUCCUUUCAUGUUAACUCUCUUAUUUAUCUGCCGUGCUUGUGAAAACCUUGUUGUAUUCGUUGCUCCAGGACUUUAGUUUGAAGCCAUGCAGCUGACUUAUGUUCAGUCGAGCCUCUGAGAUGGAGAAAACCUCAGCAGAAGAUGACUGCGUGGAUUCAGGAGCCGAAACUGGAGGGUCUGAUUACAGCCCCCUGUCCUCAACGAGCAUAUGUGGAGGUGAAGUAUCCAUGGGCGAGCUCCAGGAUCCCUUCCUCGUCAGUGUCCAUCUCAUCGCCGACCCCGGCCAGGGCAAGUUCCUGCAGCGAGCUGCCGAUGCCGUGCUUGCAUGGGUUCACCCAGAGCUGCAGCUCUUCAGAGUCUCGGAGCGAGCGUCUGUUUCCCACCGGCCCUGGCCCAAGAACCACCAAAAUGGCAGCCUGGGAACGACCUGCCAGCCAGCAAUGGCUGUCAUCGUCUUCCUCCAGGAGGCAUACGGUGGCGAGGAGCAGAUACUAAUGUUGCACCGUGCUCUGCAGAGGCCGCCAUGGAGAUACCACCACACUGAGAAAGUCAGCAAUGGUCGGCGGAUGCUUCCACUGUCGCCAUGCAGUCAGGACUUUUUCACUCUGUCUCCUGGAACACCACUGUGGGCCGUGCGACAGGUGCAUUAUGGGAAAGAGAUAGUGCGAUUUACUGUUUACUGCCGACAUGAAAAUUAUGCCGACAUGGUGCGGCUGUACAAGCUGCUGCUUCACCGCAGGGUAUCGCAGAAGAAGGAGGACUUCUGUUUCUUUGUGGUGUACUCCAACCCAGAUAUGGAGAUUCAGUUAUCCUUUAAGAGGCUCCCACGAGGUCAGACUCCGCUGGUGCUGGAGUCGGCAGUGAUGGAGGUGAGGGUGCGGGACGUUGGAGUGCUGGUGCCCCUGCUGCCACAUACCUGCAGCCCAAUCAGUGAGGUCCGCUGGCAGACAGAGGACUAUGAUGGAAAUAAGAUCCUCCUGCAGGUGCAAAGCUCAGGUCCCCACUUCAAACGCAGACACGACCCUGGCAACGAAACAGCUUCGGCUCCAUCCACCAUCACCCGCACUGGCUCCUCUUACAGGAACCGCAGGCAUCAUCAGCGAGUGACGCCUCAUCCUCAGGUCCACCACCAAACCUCCCACAGCUCCCUCCCACUGGCCUGUGAGGAGCCAGAGGAGCAGGAGCCGUGGCCUGACCGGCAACAUCCGGACAGCUGGGGGACUCAGUGGAGGGGCCAGCAGCAGUCUGGCUCCCUCUUCUCUCUACCCAACCUUGGUUCAGCCAGCUCCCACUCCACCUGCUCCUCUCCGGGCCCUUCUUCCAGCCCACACCACAGGAGCCACUCCCACCGCAGAAACUCUUCCCUCAUCCCGCCCUUCAGACUCAAUGUGGAGUCUCUGAUUGGAGCAGAGGAGACAGAUGUGGACACUGGGAACAAAGUAACCCCAGGCAACAGUGAGGACUUAACUGUGGUGUCUGCGUACAUCAAAUCGAACACGCCACAGACUAGCAGGCCGUCAUCGGCACCACCUGAAGACAUCGCACCCUCCCUUUGCUCUGGAGUCCCAGAGAACACCUACAAGGCAGCCACACUGGGGCGGACUCCACAAAGCUUCUCCAUCAACUACACCCCGUCCACAUAUCUCCAAAGCACCGGUGUGUCCAUAAGUGCUGCUCCGUCCCUGAGCGACGUGUCCAUAAACCAGUUUGACAGUUGCAGCAUUAUUAGUGCACCCAUUGAAGAGGCAGAUGAUAAGGCAGAGGAAGAAGACCAGGAAUUCUACAUUUGAGCUACAGCUAUAAUCUGAGAUGACUCACUCUCACCAUGAAUGACAGGAGUCAGGGCUGAGACACUUGGAACAGCUCAACUCUGCCCACUGGUGUUUGAGAGUAGAACUACAGUGAUAGUGAGCGUAAAUACCAGUAAAAAAACUGUAUAUAUUUUCUUAUGUAUUCAUGACUGGUGGGUUUUUUUUUCACGUUGAGAUUUAAUCUGUGUAAAUAUUAGGUUAAGAUGAAGUUACUCAUAUAAAGGACCAAUCGAUAACUGUGUACAGAUACACUUUUCAAUAAAAUUGUUUCACUUUCAA